GUUUACGGAUGGAUAAAUCAAGCGUAUAAUCUACCGAUCAGUUUAGCUGUGAUUCUCGACUGAAGCGAAGAUUGAAAUCGAAUUAACUGCAAGUGUUCGACUUGGUCCAUCGAGCUGCGAUUUGGUUCGAAUUUAUUUUUACGAUUUUGUUACUCUCGUUAACCACAAAAUUUCAAUUAGAGUAAAUUGUUACAUUGGUGAAAAAAACUAAUUUUAAUCAGUGAAAUUGUGUUCAGUCGUGUGAAAAGUGAAAACAAUACAAUUCUUUUCAAAAAUGAGAAGUCUGUGCUCAAUAUUGUGCUUAGUAAUUUUUAUCGUUCAAAUAAGCAAUGCGCAAGGUCAAAAUAAUCCACAUCUGCUGACUGAAUGGGAAGGAUGUGGGAUUCCACCGCCACAGGUGAGACAAAAGCGUGCGGCGGGAUUGCGGCAAUUUGUAGUUGGUGGAAUUAAUUCACCUCAAGGCGGUUAUCCAUGGAUGGCAUUGCUGGGCUAUGUGAACAAUUUGGGCGAACAAUCUUGGAAAUGCGGCGGUUCGUUGAUUACAUCUCGACAUGUGUUGACCGCAGCUCAUUGUGUCAUUCGAACUUUAACACUAGCCAGAUUUGGUGAACACGAUAUCAAUUCAGAUCAGGAUGGGCCAGUUCAAGAUAUUAAUAUAAAUCGAAAAAAUCGACAUCCGAAUUUCAACAAACGACUUGGAACAAAUGAUAUAGCAAUUUUACACCUUGAACACGAUGUCAUAUUCUCAAACCGUGUCCGACCAAUUUGUAUACCGACCGAUGAGCCAAUGCUGAGUCGUUCAUUUGUUGGUGAAACAGUGUCUGUGGCUGGUUGGGGUCGAUUACAAGAGGGUGGACGGUCAUCAAAUGUAUUACAAAAGUUACAAUUGCCAGUUCUCAACAAUUUUGAAUGCAAAGAACGAUUCCGGACACAAGGUCGAUUACUUUCAGAAGAUCAAUUCGAUAACUCGAUCAUUUGUGCCGGUGAUUUGAAUGGUGGUCAUGACAGCUGUCAAGGAGACAGCGGCGGACCAAUGAUGUAUCCAGUUCAAGUUGGUGGUCGAUCUCUAUUCUAUCAAAUCGGAAUAAUUUCGUACGGUAUCGGUUGUGCCAGAGUCGACACACCUGGCGUUUAUACUCGUGUUUCAGAGUUUAUCGACUGGAUUCAGGAUGAGAUUUAUCAAUAAAACCUUUAAAUUUACCGAAUCAUCACCGAUAUCAAAUCCAGAAUGCAUUCAAGUCAACGCCUCCUCACAAUUCCAUCUCCUCUUAGUUACAGUCCCUGCACAGUAACACAAUGAUUCUAGCAAUGUUGAGAUUUGACACUUAACUUUGUUUUAGUACCAUUUGCUCUAAAAAAAGUUCAAAAGUUCUAUGAUAAAUACAUGAAGCUUUGAUUUGUGAUUUAGUACAUUUUGAACUUUUUCUAGUACAAAUGGUACUUAAAUGGAUUUUAGUGCCAAAUUUCAUAUUGCGGUUCUAAAAGUUAAAACCAUCGUGUUUACUGUGUGUUUGUUCAUACAUUGAGUAUAAGGUUAAGCAAUACAUGGAGGAAAUACGAAACGUUAAACAAUACAUGGAGACUUACUCAUUCAUUUACCAACCUUCUUCUCAUAUCGUUUGUCUUUUAGCAUAUAGAAUAUAUUAUACUAACUGUAUUAACUCGAUUAAAUAAUUAAAUUCAACUCAUAAUAAUAUAAACUAAAUUGUGUUGUUUAGUUAAUUACUUACUACUAGAAUG